UUUUCCGAUGAAAAUGGAUGCCGACAGCAGUGGAACCCAGCAUCGAGUGUCAUAUUGUGUGAAAUGUGAAAUGGAUGAGAAUGAACGCUGGACGACCAGACAGAGAAAGAGAAGCUAGGACAAUAGGACUCUCAACUGCGCAUUACGUGGAUUCCGUCUCCGACGAUGCGCCAAACACUAUGCGUUAGAUGCAUUGACUAACCGCACACUCUUUUCACAUAGAUUCCCGUGGCUCAAGGUCUCGAUCCCGGCGAGAAAGAGAAUACCAUGGGCGAUCAAGCGAGAGGGACAGCAGAAAGAAGGAGCACAAGAUUCCGUACUUUGCAGACGAGGUUCGAGAACAGGAUCGGUUGAGAAGAUUGCGCCAAAGAGCGCACCAAUCCACCAGACGCACUCGCUCCAGAUCCAGAUCACAGUCGUCCAUCAGAGAGAGCAGGCACAGAAGGCAUCGCCAGCGCUCUAGGAGCCGCAAUCGCAACCGAAGUCGCAGCAGUGAACGAAAACGCCGUCAACAUAGCCGAAGUCGCAGCAGUGAACGAAGACGCCGUCAACGGAGCCCGCAUCGGUAUAAUCCUCCGCCAAAGAUCAUCAACUACUAUGUGCAAGUGCCACCACAGGAUUUCUACGGGAUGUCUGGUAUGCAGCAAAGUUUUGGAUACCAAAGGCUACCACGUCCUCCGCCGUUUCCACCGGCCCCCUACAGAUACCGCCAGCGACCGCCGUUCAUUGGAGUUCCGCGAUUUGGCUACAGAAACGCGGGGCGUCCCCCAUAUUGAACAUACUCCAUUCGACAUAAUUACAAAUUUAUUUACAUUCGUGUGUUUUGUACAUUAAAAUAAUAAAUACAUAUAUAUUUCAAACU